GCCCGGGCAGGAUGCGCUUGGCAUCGUCUCGCGGCGGCGCUUGCAGCUGCGGCAGCGCCUGCGACGAGCCCGCCGCUUCCCCCCUCUUGCCGCAGCUGCUCUAGAGCUGGCCGUGCAGUCCUCCUCCUCCAGCCUCUUUUCGUCCCUCUGUCGUCGGCGGCUGCUGCUGCUCCUCCUCGGCUCCCAUGGCGAUGGCGGCGGCGGCGGGCAACAUCGUGUCCGUCAUGGCGAGCAAAACCAAGACCAAGAAGAAGCAUUUCGUGGCCCAGAAAGUCAAGCUCUUCCGGGCCAGCGACCCGCUCCUCAGCGUGCUCAUGUGGGGGGUGAAUCACUCGAUCAAUGAGCUGAGCCAUGUUCAAAUCCCUGUUAUGUUGAUGCCGGAUGACUUCAAAGCAUACUCAAAGAUCAAAGUGGACAAUCACCUUUUCAACAAGGAAAACAUGCCAAGCCAUUUCAAAUUCAAAGAGUAUUGUCCAAUGGUAUUUCGCAAUCUGCGUGAGAGAUUUGGGAUUGAUGAUCAGGACUUUCAGAAUUCUCUGACAAGAAGUUGUCCGCUUGCAAAUGACUCUCAAGCUCGCAGCGGUGCCCGAUUUCACACCUCUUAUGACAAAAGAUAUGUCAUCAAAACGAUAACAAGUGAAGAUGUAGCAGAAAUGCACAACAUACUGAAGAAGUACCACCAGUUUAUAGUGGAGUGUCAUGGAAAUACACUUCUUCCCCAGUUUUUGGGCAUGUAUCGGCUUACAGUGGAUGGAGUUGAAGUAUAUAUGAUUGUCACAAGAAAUGUAUUCAGCCAUCGCUUAUCUGUUUAUAGGAAAUAUGAUUUAAAGGGUUCUACAGUAGCAAGAGAAGCCAGCGACAAAGAAAAGGCCAAAGAACUGCCAACCUUCAAAGACAACGACUUCAUUAACGAUGGUCAAAAGAUACAUAUUGAUGAAGUCAACAAAAAGAUGUUCCUGGAAAAGCUUAAAAAGGAUGUCGAGUUCCUUGCUCAGCUAAAACUCAUGGAUUACAGUUUGCUGGUUGGAAUUCAUGAUGUUGAAAGGGCAGAACAAGAGGAGGUGGAAUGUGAAGAGAAUGAUGAAGAGGAAGGGGAAAGUGAUGGCGCUCACACAACAGGAACCCCUCCAGAUAGUCCAGGAAACACACUGAACAGCUCUCAGCCAUUGGCUCCAGGAGAAUUCGAUCCAUCUAUUGAUGUUUAUGGAAUAAAAUGCCAUGAAAAUGCACCUAGAAAGGAAGUUUACUUUAUGGCCAUCAUUGAUAUUCUUACUCACUAUGAUGCAAAAAAGAAAGCUGCACAUGCUGCAAAAACCGUCAAACAUGGCGCCGGUGCAGAGAUUUCCACAGUUAACCCCGAACAGUAUUCAAAGCGGUUCUUGGACUUUAUUGCCAACAUUUUGACGUAACCAACCAUGUUCCAUUGGACAGAUAGAAGUUCUGGGAACAGCAGCAAUGGCUGCAAGUGUGUGAGGGACAAAAGCUUCUUUUUAAAAGGAACUCUCAAGUGCUAUCUUGCAGAAGGCGGCCCCUUGGUUUACAUCUGCUGGCCAAGAUGACUGACUGGGGUGAAAUAUUCGCUUUAACAGCUGCCAGAUACGCUCAGCAUAAUUCUAGCUAUUUCUGGUGUGUGCGUGUGUGUGUGUAUGCGUGUGCGCGUGCAAAACCCCCUACAAAUAUAAAUUAACUAAUUAAUAACAUAGAUCAGCAUUUUACUUGGCGUAUUGCAACUGCAACACUCCAGAUUCUAGCCAAGAUGGAACGACUGGGCCGAAUUUGGAGCGGAAGAACGUGCAUGUUCAGUCUCACAAUAUUGGCAUCGAACUGUAAAACUGUGGAUCAGUUUAUGUUUUGAAUGGAAAAGUGAAAGACUGUUUCGAUGAUGAUGUUGAUGAUGAUGAUGAUAAUGAUGACAUUACAACGUAUGCUUCACUUAAAACAGCCCUGCAUGUUGGCACUCUUUAAGAAUAGCGGCAACAUUGUAAGCCCUGUGUCAGGGGUGUCCAACUCUGGUGCUUCAGAUGUUCAUGGACUACAAUUCCCAUUAACCCCUGCCAUGCCAGCAGGGAUUGAUGGGAAUUGUAGUCCAUGAACAUCUGAAGUGACACAGUUGGACUCCCCUGCCCUGUGUGAUGGAAGCUCUGCUUUUGGCAUCUUUUGCUUUUUUUUAUCUUCUCUCUUGAUUUUAAUUGUCCCAUCACAACAGGGAACAGUCUUCCAGCCACUCAGAGGUAUGUAUCUUGUUUAACCAAGACCUACUGGCAUAAUUAUAAUUAUAGUCUGUGUGGGUUUUGUUUUGUUCUACCCAGAAUAAAAUUACUGGGGGGGGUGGGUGGAAUGUUAGGGCUAGGCCAUUGUUGUACCACGUGGAGAUCUAUACUGUUCAUUUAUCAUGUAGGAACUGAUCAUGCACACAUUUAAGAUGAAUUUGGGGACAAGAAGCAGCAUCAUUUCCCACCACAUAAACAAAAGGAUAGGAAGCCUAUUUGCCUACGACGGAUCAAAACUAGGACCUUUCAAACGCUGAUGUCGUGCUGUCAUAAUAUUUUAUUUUUUAAAAAAUCCUUUUUAAAGCCCUAAAUUUUUACUGUUUACAUUAAUAGGAGAACAGGGAUGCUUUUGAGUUUGUGCACAGUAUGUGAAUAUAAAGUUUACGUGUAAAGUUAUUUUACAGUGCAGAUGAAGUAAUAUUCUGAAGUGUAACACGCAGUCAUGUAUUAAAGUGAAUUUUUCACCCACCUCCAUGAUAGAAAAUCUUUUACAAUAAAUGGUGACAGAUUAUUUUUAAGCGUAUGAAGGUGGGUUUUUUCAUCCUCUUGAUAAUUUGCUUUCUGUUUCUCCAAAUUAUGUUGUAUGAUUCAUUGCCUAAACGUGUGCUGUCACCUAGUAAGCGACCUGUUUUAAAACUUAAUAAUAAUCAAUUUGGGGAACAGGUUCCGAGCUUCUAGAAGGACAGAAUUAGAAAUGCUUAAAUAUAUUAUUCUCUACUUAUACACUGUGCUAAAAUUGUGCCUUUUUACAAUUCUUUGUCUGUUUGAACAUUAACGAGCAACUCAGAAAAAAAAAUCACACUUUCCCUUUCAAGGUAUAACUUAGUCCUGGCAUGCCAGGUUGCCUUCUCUAGUAACUUAAUGCCAGCGCUGUUAAGGCUGCAGCUGUCUGUUAUGUCUGUAGUGUUGACUUCAUAAAGCACUGAUAAACUAGCAACUGAUCUUGCUAUUGUAUGCGGCCAAAGGCAAUACCAUCCUUAUUACUCUGUACGAAUUUUUUAAACAUUGUUUUGUUACCCUUCUGGUGAUGUUAACAGUACUGUUACAUAUGUGUACAAUUCUGAACUCUUGUGUAUUUAAGUUGACAAUUGUGGCUUUGACUUCUGUUUUGUUUUGUUUUUUAACUCCUUUUCCCCAUACAUGCACACCCCAUUUAUCUCUGGCACCAUGUGAAUGUUGUUGUUUUUUUAUUUCUUACAAUACGCAGUGGCUACUUAAGGUAUGAUGAGACUGCAAAGGACACCACUGGGGGAAAAUGAGUUACACAUUCAUAAAAGAAAAAAAAUAUCCCAUUGUAGCCAGUUAGCAUAUGCUUUUAAUGAGCUAACUACCAAGCCUUCAUUUUUCUGUCUGUAACAGUCUCUUGUCACUCACGACUGAUGGAUAAAACUGUCCGUGGAGAGGGUGAGGAAGACCCACGCUGUAUUGCCUAGUUAUAAAACCACACUCAAAACAUGACUAAGGCUUUAUAAAAUAAAGCAGUUUGAUGACUUGCUAGGAAAA